UCAGGCGGGGCGGGCGAUGAUGAUGGCGGCGGCGGAGCAGCUGCGGGUCGGUGUGAAGGCGAGAUCCAGCCGGAGACGCGCAGGAAAUAAACAAUCAAGUAUUUUGAAAAAUGAAGAUGUAGCACAAAGGAGGGCAGCACUUGAGGCAGCUAUUAGAAAGAAGUUUGAAUAUGAGAAAAAAGCUCUGCGUGUUGUUGAACAGCUAUUGGAGGAAGAUAUUACAGAAGAGUUCCUUGUGAAUUGUGGAAGUUUUAUCACCCCAUCUCACUAUAAGGAUGCUGUGGAGGAGCGUUUUAUCAUCAAACUCUGUGGCUAUCCCUUAUGUCGAAAUGGGCUAGAAAAUGUGCCAAAACAGAAGUACAGAGUUUCAACAAAAACAAACAAAGUUUAUGAUAUUACAGAAAGAAAGAGUUUUUGCAGCAGUUUUUGUUACAGAGCAUCUAAAUAUUUUGAAGCUCAGAUUCCCAAAAGUCCAGUGUGGAUGCGAGAAGAAGAAAGACCACCAGAUAUAGAACUGCUGAAAGAGGGGCAAAGCAUUUGGCCAUUAGGGGGCAAACUCGCAUAUUCCUGCAAAAACAAUGGCCAGUCUGGGGAAGAAGUAAAACUACAUGAUGAAGUCAUUAAAGUCUCAGAUAUUGAAAAUCCUAAGACAUCAGCAAGCCAGUGUGACUCUGCUUCCCAUGGCACAUACAGUGACAGCAGCAGUGAUACUGAACAAGAAUUUGUUUCCUCUAUUCUACCAGAAAAUCGAUCAAAUGCAACCAGUCUGGUGCAACUAUUGCACAAAAAAUGUAUACUCAAAAAGAAGCCUGGUCAAAAUAUAAACUCCACGCAUAGGGAUGGAGACCAUAGAGUGAUAAAUGUCACCGAACAAUUAAGUGAGUGCAAAUUAGAUAUCCAGGAAAAAAAGAGUUCUUGUUCUGUUACUGGCAUUUCUUCAGACAUUAUUAUAUCAGAAAACUUAAAAAAUCCAGAAAACUAUGAAAGUAGGUGUAAUGGUUCACAAGUAGUUUUGCUAGGUGUGAGCAAAGAGGGGGCAGAACAACUCAAAAAAAUACUUGCUAAAUCAAAGCAGCAUAUCAAACCUGAAAUGAGUGCACCAGUUGAUUCCCUUACUGCUACACGUAAUGUGUUAGAUGUGCUUAAGCAGACUUUUAUUGAAUGGAGAACUGAAGAAACUUACAAGUUUCUCUGUGGAUCCAGCUAUGCUACUGUACACUUACCGGAACACACAUCAGCUGUCAACUGUGAGAAAGAAGAACUUGAUGAGGAUGACUUAGAAACAGCAGAUGACCUUAAUGACGCUGCUGCUGCUACAAGGGAAUCUAAAAACAGUUUGAACCAGUCUUUGCCUUUUGGGGGCACAGGUGCAACAGUUAAACCUUUGCCUAGCUAUGAAAAACUAAAAGAAGAAACAGAACUAUUAGGACUAAGAGUAAAGGAAUUCUAUAAAGGAAAAUGCCUCUUGACUGAAGAAGCAACAACACAGGUGGAAGGAGCGGAGCAUCCUAGCAGUGUUAAAGAUGACCAGCAGGGUGAUCCCAUCCUCCCGCUUGUAGAUUCUCAUGCCCAAAUGCAGAUUCGAAAGCAGAUUGUACUUGAAAAAUUGAGAAAAGUAUUGCCUGCAGUUUUGGGCCCUCUUCAGAUUACACUAGGUGAUGUUUACAUGGAACUGAAAAAUCUUGUCAAAACUUUCAGGUUAACAAAUAUAAAUAUUAUUCACAAAAUGCCGGAAUGGACCCUAAUUGCUGUUGUGUUGUUAUCAGCGUUGUCACAGAUUAUUCCAGUCUUUGCAAAUUCUCAACAGAGUCCAGUAUAUACACAGUACCUGUCCACGUUACUUGAAGAAUUGCAUUUCAAUAAAGAAGAUCUUGGAAGUUUAACAAGAAUAUUUAGACAUGACAGCAUGCCUGAAUGAAUGAUGAUGAUCUCAAACCUCUUCUUUUGCACCUGAAGUCAGUAUUGAAGUAUUGCUAUAGUGAACAAUUUUUUUUUCUUUUGAGAGUUGA